AUGCGUUUAAAAGACAGAGACACUGCUGCAGCUGACAUUCCCAUUACAUCGCUUUCUGCAAAUAAGAUGUCUGCUCCGGAGAAAAAUCCUGCUGCAAAAUGCAAAUUCUGGAGUUUCCGAGUUCUGAAUGCCAUUUUGCCUCAUUUAUUCCUGGUCUUCCUUCUGGUAAUGUAUGCUGUUUUCGGGGCAUUUCUGUUUGAGCAGCUGGAAAGGAAAAAUGAAUCAGCAGAGAGCUAUGACAAUUUUUUGAAUGAGCUAUGGGAAAUUGCCAACGAAACUCAUGAUAAAGAAGGAAUUGAAACCACAACUGGACAAAAAUACUUUAAAGAUCAAAUAAGGAAAAAACUGACGGAUUUCCAAAGUUAUUGGUCCAACCUUCAAGAAAAUAAAACUCAAUGGAACUUUCUUGGUUCUCUGUUUUUCUGUUGCACCGUGUUCACAACUGUGGGUUAUGGUCAUAUCUCUCCUUUAACAGUAGGAGGAAAAAUUGCCUGCAUGUUCUACGCAACAUUUGGCAUCCCCAUUAUGCUAUUAGUCAUCACAGAUGUUGGAGACAAACUGGCAGCUUUACUUUCCAAAGUUUACAAUCACAUAAGGAAGCGGACAAGAAAUAAUCUUACUCCACCACCCUCAGCAACCCCCUCAAGAUGGUCUUCAUUCAAACAGAGCUUCUCAAAAUCAGAAGUAAAACCCACAAGGUCUAUUUCCUUUAAAGGUGGUUCACAUGUGAUCAUAACACCAAUGAGCAUAAGAAACGUGUUGAACACUCAGUCUUCAGUUAAAAAGAAAUCCGAACUAUUGAGAAAAACCGAAAUAUUUGAAAAAUUAAUUGUUCAGGAAAACUUUAAUCAGAAGCCUUUCCAAUUUUGCAAAAGAGAUCGAAGUAAGUCAUGUCCCCAGCUGGAUCUAAAGCCAGUUGAAGAUGACCAUUUUUUUCCAAGACUGGGACAAGAACUUGAAAAAUUUGAUGUGCCUAUCAUCAUUAUCAUAGGUGUUAUUAUUGCUUACCUUCUUUUUGGUGCAGGUAUACUUUCAAUUUGGGAAAAGUGGAAAUAUCUUGAUUCCUUUUAUUUCUAUUUUAUCACAAUUACCACCAUUGGCUUUGGAGACUUUGUCCCUGAGCAUCCUAAUUUUUUCAUGAUAAUGUCUAUUUUAAUUAUUACUGGUAUGGCAAUCAUGUCUAUGGCAUUUAAGUUAACCCAAAACAGGAUAGCCUGUUGCUACCAAGAAGUAAGUAUAUGGAUGAAUGGUGGGAAGAAGAAGAAGUUUAAAAUCAUUUGA